ACAACCCUCCCACCCCCGCCUCCACCAACAACCCUCCCCCCGCCUCCCCCAACAACCCACCCACCCCCGCCUCCACCAACAACCCUCCCGCCCCCGCCUCCACCAACAACCCUCCCGCCCCGCCUCCAGCAACAACCCUCCCGCCCCCUCCCACCCCCGCCUCCACCAACAACCCUCCCACCCCCGCCUCCACCAACAACCCUCCCACCCCCG